AUGGCAGAACAGGAGACUGACAGUAAAACCCAGGAAGUGAAACUUUUAGGGAUCCUGGACGUUGGGAAAACUCCUUGCGCUAGAGAAGCUAUUCUGCAUGGUGCAGGAGGAUCUGUUGUUGCAGCACUAGGGCACUUUUUGGCUACUAGCAGAGUGAAGCGCUCAUUCCAUGUUGGCAUGGCUGGAUUUAUGCUCACAACACUUGGUUCAUGGUUCUACUGUCGGUAUAACAAUGCAAAACUGCGAGUACAACAGAGGAUGAUUCAGGAGGGAAUUAAGAAUAAGGUUGUUUAUGAGGGGACGAGUCACGAUCCUACACGUAACACAAGAAACACAUGAUGUCACAGUAUUUACUUCUAUAACUUUUAAUUUACUGUUAACUAAAUGGUGGAUUGUUCUGUGUUUUAUCUGUGUAAGAUGUUUUGUCUGAGCUGUUGAGUUAAAAUGUAUGCCUAUACAAUGAAGUAAAUAUUUAACUAAAGAAACUCUGAAUGGCUGUUUAUUAUUUUGCAUAUUUUCAUUUUCUACAUAGCCUACAGUGUGUACACAGAUCAGCCAUAAAAUUAUGACCACCCGCCUGUCCCACAGUGAUGUGCUGUAUGUACUGUAAUGGUGCGUGCUGGUUUGCGCUCUUUUUUCCUGAAAUUGAUGUGUUGGAAGCAGAAAAAAAUGGGCAAGUGUAAGGAUUUGAGCAAUUUUGACACAGGCCAAAUUGUGAUGCCUAGAUGACUGGGUCAGAGCAACUGCAGCUUAUGUGGGAUCUCGAAACUGUGUUUUAAAAUUAUUGAAAAGGUUAAUGCUGGUUCCAGUGGAAAUGUGUUAGAACAUGCAGGUCAUUAAUG